GCGCUCCCAACAGAUGUUGGGGGCUGCAUACGGGUCUAAGGGGGAGGAGGCUGAGGCCCGAGGGCAGACGCCUUAAGGGUUUUAAAAUCAUGCCCGGCGCCAAGAGGCCGGAAGUUGCCGAUCCGAAUAAGUAACUUCUCAGGCCUGGGGAUUGCAAGUGGGACCCGCUGCUCCCAGGGCUGAUCCUCCGGAAAUGGCCCCUGGUGAACUGUGUGAUGGUAGCAAACUGGACUGGUCCCAGAAAGGCUAAGCCCAGGACUCUUCCUCUGAACUUUGGCACGUUCUUUGACCUGUUAGUUUGAAAUCCUGAUUUUAAACACGUUUGUGGUGCCAUGCUUCAUCUGGGGCGUUAAAGGCAGGGACAGUGGUUUGUCUUAGUGGACUUGGACAGGAACAGGUGCUCAGCAAACCUUUAUUAAGUGACUUUUCAUCCCGGAUUUUUGUCGAACCUUUGUCAGCUAACUUGCACUGUACUAGACCUGGUGGAAACAUCACUGUGCAAAACAGAUGAAUCCCUGGAAUCAUGGAACUUACAGUGGGUCUCCGUGUGCUUUUUUGCAAGAGAUUCCCUAGAGCACUUUUCUAUGAAUGAAAUUGCUGAAUCAAAAGGAAUUUCUUCACAUGGCUGCUGAGGAAGUAACCGUUACAGUGCGCCUCAUUCGUUCAUUUGAGCACCGCAAUUUCAAGCCCGUAGUGUAUCAUGGAGUUAAUUUGGAUCAAACCGUAAGGGACUUUAUAGUAUUUCUAAAGCAAGAUGUCCCUUUGAGAACCAGCCUUCCACCACCAUUCAGAAAUUAUAAAUAUGAUAAACUGAAGAUUAUUCACCAAGCACAUAAAUCAAAGAGUCAUCCCUCAGGAUUGGUUCCAGGACACUUGUGGAUACCAAAAGCCACAGAUUCUCCAUGUUCCUUAUAUAAAAUGACAAAUGAACUGGUGUUGAGUUUGGAAGAUGAUGACAGACUCCUGCUAAAAGAAGACAGCACCCUGAAAGCAGCCGGAAUUGGAUUCCAAAGGCCCUUUUGCUCUUUCUGUAAAAGCCAAGCAGACUGUAUUAACUUUUGGUUUAAUUUAAAAAACCAAUGUGGAACUUGUUGGCGCAACACCUUAAAGAAUCGCAUGUUUAAUAAAUUGGAAGGCUUUCCAUCAGAUUUGUCUCCAGUCUGAAUUAAUAAUGUUGCUGACUUAUUGUUUUAGAAGAUGGAGUCCUUGACCUGCUAGGUUGAAAGAAUUGUGACUGCUCUGAACCUUUGUGGGUCCUUUAGCUGUGCCAUCUCCCCAGUGAAUAAUUAGAGGUAUUUGAAGGUAUUGCGGUAGAAGCCAAUUUGUGUCUUUCACUUUGCAUAUUGUUGAAGCCUCAUGAAUUAAUCAUAAGCAGGGCAAAAAAUUAACUUCUUCAGACACAUAUUUUGAUGGGUCAUGAGGGAGAAUGUAAAGUGAUCUGUAAAAUAUUCUACUGAUCCUCUAACUAUUAAAUUAUUAUACCUACGGGCUAAUUUCAGGGAGGGGAGAGUCCCUCCCCCCUCAGGAACUGAGUAGCAUAUUGGAAAAAAUAUCAAGGUUUGUUAGUUUCCAGGACUGCAAAGACUAUAAAUAAGCGAUUUCAUGAUUUUCUGAAAAAUCUUAAUUCUUGUGUUAACUCUGGAUUUUAAUUUUGCAGGUUAUUUUUCUUUCGACUUUUAAAUUAUUUUAUUUUUUUUAAUUAUUUGAUUUUUAGAUUCUUACAACUACACCUAAAACUUCUUGCUGAUUUGAUGAAAUGUAUUGUAUCACCCAACAACUAACUGAUAUUUUUCAUUGCAGGCGUCUGAAACCAUUCCAAAAUGCCAAACCAAAGUAAUGCGGAUUUCCAUACUUGUUUAAAAUUUAGUUUUACAUUAAAAUCUCUUUUCCAUUUUCUGUUUCUC